AUGGCGACCGCGGCCGUCACACACGGCGCCAUCGACGAGUCCGUCGUCCCCGGCACCGUCCACCUCGUCGACCUAGAGCACACAUUAGCAACGCGGCACGCGCAAUCCCAGUCAGACAUCGUGCUUGUGCCCACGCCCUCCUCGGACCCAGACGACCCCCUAAACUGGACUCCCCGUCGCAAGCGCCUCGCCCUAACAUGUGCGCUGCUGUACACCUGGUUCAACGGCAUCGCGCUGUCAGUCGUGUACUCGGUGCUAGUCCCACUCUCCACCGCACUGGCCGUCACCGAAGCCGACCUCAACGCCGGGACAGGCUACAUGUUCCUACUCCUAGGCUGGGGUCUCCUCUUCUGGCAGCCCCUGGCGCUACAGUACGGCAAGCGCCCGACGUACCUCGCAUCCCUCCUCGCGCUGGCGGCCGUCACGGCCUGGGGCCCGCACGCGCACGGCCGCGGCCAGUGGAUCGCCAAGAGCGUGCUGACGGGCUUCUUCGCGGCGCCCAUCGAAGCGCUUCCCGAGACGACCGUUGCGGACUUGUUCUUUGCGCACGAGCGGGCGACCUACAUGGGCUGGUAUGCGUGGACGCUGGCCGGGAGCAACUUCUUCGCGCCGAUUAUUUGCGGGUUUAUUAAUGAUGGCGUGGGCUACCGGUGGGUGUUCUACUUUCCGGUGGUCUUUUGUGGCGUUACUUGGAUUUUCCUGUUUUUGUUCAUGGAGGAGACGAAUUAUGAUCGGAGGAGUGUGGGGGUUGUUGCUGCAGAAAGUGCUCAAGGGGUUGCUGUCGUUGAUAAGGGAGAGGAUGGCAAGGAGAAAGGGGCUUCAUCCCUCGCAGGGGGCGAAACCGCCGAGAUCCCAAGAACCUCGACGAAGACGUUCUGGCAGAAGAUGUCCCUCGUGGACAAGCCGCGCCCGUUCAUGAUGCACUACCGCGCAUGGCAGUCCCUGAAGCUGCUCUCGUGGCCCGUGGUCUUCUACUCUGGGUUCAGCUACGGGACGUAUCUGAUCUACUUCAACAUCCUCAAUGCCACGAGCUCCAUCAUCCUGGGCGGGCCGCCGUAUAACUUUCGGCCGUCGCUGGUCGGGCUGAGUUAUGUCUCUUGCAUGAUUGGCGUCACCCUCGCGGCCGCUUUCACAGGCAUAUUCUCCGACCGCUUCAUAAUCCGGAAAGCACGGCGCAACAACGGCAUCUCGGAGCCCGAGCACCGGCUCUGGCUCUUCGCCACGAGCACGCUCAUCAUCCCGGCCUCGAUGAUCCUCUGGGGCGUCGGUGCCGCACACAGCGUGCACUGGUUCGGACUCGUCUUCGCCAUGGGCACGGCGGCCUUCGCCAAUACGGCCGGCAUCACGCUCAGCGUGUCGUACCUGGUCGACACGUACCGCGACCUCGCGGGCGACGCGCUGACGACGUGCAUCCUCGUGCGCAACACCAUGAGUUUCGCCAUCGGUUACGCCAUCACGCCUUGGGUCACGAACCUGGGGUACCAGGAUGCAUUUGUGAGCGUGGCGUUUGUGGGACUGGCCAUCUGCAGUGUGUUCUUGGUCAUGGUGCGCUGGGGCAAGCGGUUCAGGGAGGCGAAAAGGGUACAGUACUGGCGAGAGGUGACGAAGAGGGUCGAAAUGGGCUUUGUGCAUUGA